UUCUUUUUCUUCUUCCUUCUCAGUUUCGAUAUUUUCCCUUGUUUCUUCUUCAAUUAUUUUCUAUCUGAAAACCCUAAUUUCACGCAUCGUUGAAGCCCGGUUAAGGAAAAGAUGCAUCGCGAAUCUCACCGAGUACAGCAGAUCUUCGUUCAAUUCCCGGACCUGGAAAUCCCGAGCAAAACCCUAAGCUUCACCUCGAGCGAAGUGCGGACCCUUCGCCAGUUGAAGCUCUCUCUUUUGCCCAAUCCCUUCUCAUCAGAAGCUCUUUCUUCCUUUUACUUCACCUUAAACGGUAGGCCGCUUGAUGAUUCUUCUCAGAUUCUGAGUUCUCAAAUUGCCCCUCUUUCUACCUUAAUUCUACAAUCCAGAGCUCGCGGUGGUGGUGGAGAUGGCGGUGCGACUGGAGCAGAGUCACGGGACUGCUACCUCAAAAUGUACGCGGAGAAGAAGCCCGAUAAGGUCGACCCGAAUGAGCAGAGGCUAUCGAAGUGGUUGAAUUGUGCGCUUUCGAAUGAGCCAUUGAAGGAGCCGUGUGUUGUGGAUUGGCUUGGUAACAUUUUCAAUAAGGAGGCUUUAGUGGAGGCUUUGUUGGGGAAGAAGAUUCCCAAGGCGUUUGGGCAUAUAAAGGGUUUGAAGGAUAUGAUCAAGAUUGAGCUUUCGAUGAUUCCUGGGGUCGAAAGAAAUGGCGAUGUGAGGUCUGGACCAAGGUUUGAGUGCCCUAUUACUGGGCUUGAGUUUAAUGGAAAGUACAAAUUUUUUGCGCUGAAAAAAUGUGGGCAUGUUUUGAGUGCGAAGGCUUUAAAAGAAGUUAAGUCUUCUUCUUGCCUUGUUUGCCAUGCUGAGUUUACAGAGACCGAUAAGAUUGUUAUAAAUGGGAAUGAUGAGGAAGUUUUGGUGCUGAGAGAGAGAAUGGAAGCAGAGAAGGAUAAACAGAAACAGAGGGAGAGGGAGAAGAAGGCUAAGAAGGUGAAGCAUGGGGAAGUUGUAGCGGCCAACGGCGGUGAGGUUGGUGUCUGUUCAGAUUCGCAUUUGGUUCGGUUAAGUGGUACAAAACAUGGUGUUAGUGAUGCUAAAGAUGAGUUGAAGGUUUCAUCUAUGGCAGGAACGAAUGGGAAGGCUGCAAAAGAUGCAAGUAAUGGUGCAGUUUCUGUGAAAAGUUCCAGUAAUAAUGCAGCAGCCAAGCGAUUCAAAGCUACAGAUAUUGCUCCACCUAAUGCUAACAAGGAAGUUUAUGCAUCGAUUUUUACUUCUUCGAGGAAGUCUGAUUUCAAGGAAACUUAUUCUUGUAGAUCACUCCCGCUUGGAAGGAAUUGAUUGGUGAGAUGAAUAAGUGGUGGAGGAAUGGACUGGUGAUCUGUUCUUUUGGCCAGGUUCUUGUAGUUAUCUCUUCAAUAUGAUCGAUAUUUGGAAAGAAACAUUUGAUAUAAUUGAGAUUAUGAUGUCCAUUUUACUAACUUGUGUAUUUGGUUUCUAUCAAAACUCUUUUUUCUUCCUUUAAUGUAAAGUGUAGACUUUUAUUGUGAAGGAUUUAACAAGGGCUUCUUCUUCA